GCCCCACUAAGGAGAGCUGAUUGGAGGAAAGAAGACGUAGAAAUUUUCCCACCCUAACCAAUCAGCUCAGACCACAUCUGAGCCUGAGCUGCAGGUCCGAGGGUCGAGCAGAGAUCACUUGAAGGCAUCUGCUCCAACAGGAGGUGAACCAUGUUGUUGACGUCUCACAGUCGUGAUCCAGGAGCCGCUCCUGCUCUCGGCCCUCGUGCUCCAAACAACAGCACAAAUAUCCGUCAAAACUCAUUCGUUGAGAAUGUCAACUUGACAACUCAAGUGCAGGAACACCAUGAAGUUCAGAUUGAAUCACCCCAUGAGGGCGGUGACAACAUCGACAAACAGCGGAACAGAGUUCCAGACAGCGGAGACUGGAUCCGUCCCGAUUUGCCCAGCAGAUGCACCUGGAGGCUGGGGGCCCCUCCAUCAGAGUCACCUCAUAGCCACAUCUCACGUACACAACCUCCCAGCAUUCUUCCAAACAUCCUCGCAAAAAUUGGUAACACGCCUCUAGUUCGACUGAACAAGAUUCCCAAAGAGUUUGGAAUCAAGUGUGAAAUUUUGGCCAAGUGUGAGUUCUUCAAUGCAAGCGGCAGCAUAAAAGACAGGAUUGCACUGAGGAUGGGAGAUGCUGAGAGAUCUGGGAUCCUCAAACCAGGAGAUACAAUUAUUGAACCCACCUCUGGCAACACAGGUAUCGGCGUCGCCCUCAUAGCCGCAGUGAAAGGAUAUCGCUGCAUUAUCACCAUGCCUGACAGGAUGAGCAUGGACAAGGUGAAAAUGCUGCGAGCUCUAGGGGCAGAAAUAGUGAGCACUCCAUCAUCUGCAUCAUUUGAGUCCCCAGAAUCCCACAUUAGCAUGGCAUGGCGUCUAAAAAAUAAGAUUCCCAACUCGCACAUCCUUGAUCAGUAUCGCAAUCCCAGCAACCCCCUGGCUCACUAUGACACAACAGCUGAGGAGAUCUUGGAGCAGUGCGAUGGUAAUUUAGACAUGUUUGUGGCUGGGGCUGGCACAGGCGGAACACUAAGUGGUGUUGCACGGAAGCUAAAGGAACGGUGCCCCAACAUCAAGAUUGUUGGUGUGGACCCAGAAGGCUCAGUUUUGGUUGAAUCGGACAAGAAAUACGGAAACAGUAAGACAACGUUUGAAGUGGAGGGCAUCGGAUACGACUUUGUCCCAACAGUGUUGGACAGAUCUGUGGUCGACAUGUGGUACAAAUCAAAUGAUGAGGAGACUUUUAUGAUGUCACGCAGGUUGAUCAGAGAGGAGGGGCUUCUGUGCGGCGGCAGCUCCGGCUCAGUCGUGACAGCAGCGAUGAAGGUGGCUCAGGAGCUGAAGGAGGGUCAACGCUGUGUGGUCAUUCUGGCCGACUCCAUCCACAACUACAUGUCAAAGUUCGUGAGUGACCAGUGGAUGUGGGAGAAGGGCUUUCUCACACUGGACGAACCGAUGGAGUCUAAACUGUGGUGGUGGACCCUGUCUGUCCAGUGUCUGCAUCUGCCUGUCCCCCUCACUGUCUCACCCUCAGUGUCCUGCCACCAAGCCAUUAAGAUCCUGAAGAAGGAAGGAUUGGACCAAGCGGCCGUUGUAGACAAAUCAGGUGUGACUGUGGGAAUGGUGACUGUUGGGAAUAUUCUGUCUUCUCUGGUGUCUGGGAAGGUGGAACCUUCAGACUCUGUCAGCAGAGUCCUGCAAAAUCAAUUCAAACAGGUGCAACUGACGGACAGUCUGGGAAGAUUGUUCCAUAUCCUGGAAACGGAGCAGUUUGCGCUGGUGGUUCAUAACCAGAUACAGUACGAUGUUGAUGGAUCUUCAUGUCUGAAGAAGAUGCUGUUCGGGGUCGUGACAGCGAUCGACCUUCUGGACUUCAUCAGCGCACGCGAGAGUUUGUCCUCAGAUGACGCGCCUCUGUGACUGUCCAUCCUUAUCGGUGGAUAAAAUCACACUCCUGCCAACAUGCAGCUCAUGAACGUUGAUGUUUAUGGGCUAAAUAAUAUAUUUUUUAGUGUGUGAUUUGUUGGUUUUUCCA